AUGGUACCUAAUCAGUGGGCUACCUCUGAAGAACAGUUGGAUCCAACACAAUCAAAGUAUAUUCUCAUGAAAAGGAAAGUUCUGAAAGAGACCUUGGAAAAGAGAGGAGUACUAGGCCAACUGAAAGCUAGAAUUCGAGCUGAGGUUUUUAGUGCGCUUGAUGAUCAGAGUGAGCCACGGCCGCCACUUUCCCACGAAAAUCUUCUAAUUAAUGAACUUAUCCGUGAAUAUCUUGAGUUUAAUAAAUACAAGUACACAGCAUCAGUGCUGACAGCAGAAGCUGGUCAACCUGAGAUACCUUUAGACAGACAGUUUCUAGUGAAUGAGUUAAAUGUAAUUGAAGAUUCAAGCACAAAAACAGUGCCUCUGCUAUAUGGAAUCCUAGCUCACUUUGUAAAUGAGAGCAAAGAGGAUGGAGUUAAAGCUCUGAUUAAAGGUGCAUCUAUGCCUAAUAUAAAGAAAAUGUCUUUAAAGCAACCAAAUGAGAAACGUAGCCUAGAUGACUUGCCUGAACCUGGAAGAUCAGGUGGAAGAAAUUUUGAAGACCACUUUGUUCUCCGAGGUGGACACUGAUUACAGCUGACUAUUUCUUUAACAGUGUGUUAUGUAACAGCCUGCAGUUUGGUUACCUUUAAGUCACCUUUGGUUUAUCUCGACUUUAAAGUCAUUGUAUGUUAAAGUGUCCAACAAAGGAAUUUGCUGCCUGGCGCCCUGUUAUUUUUUUUGUUGUUUUGUUUCUUUUCUUAAUUUGGUAAAUGUAGUUUUAUUUAGAAGAUCUGAACUUUGCCUAACUACUGGUAAUGAGACCAGCCUUGGAACAGCAUGAGCAUUUGUACUGCUAGCUUUCAUGCUGGAAGCAGAUGCAUGGAGUCUGGUCAUAUGCCUAUUAUUCCUUUCGUGUCUUAGGCUGUAUUGUUACUUGAGUUACCUGUUUCUUUUUAUAAUCAGUCAGUUUACUUGUUUAUUUUCCUGCAAUAAAAACUGUAAUUUGACUGGUUGUAACAGUAACAGGUGAUACUUACUAAGUUAUCUUCUAAAUUUAAAUGUUAAGUAUCUGUGGUCUUAUUUUUCACAAUGUCCAGUUCUUCAUUUAUCUUCUUAAAUUAAGUUGUUCCAAUCAACCUAUUUCAAGCUGGCCAACUUUGGUCUAUCAAAUAGUUCAGUCAGACACAGUCAAAUUGCAUAUGCAUUGGCAACUACACAUUGAAACAUUAUUUGAAAAUGUUUGUCGUUUGAUAUUUUUAUAUUGAUAUUUAUUGUGCAAUGUUUUGUACAUAAUAAAUUUUGGUUUUGUCAAUUA